GGGGACCUUCCAGUUCCAUUACCUCAUUCCAUUAGUUUUCCGCCAUACUUUAAAAAUCUCCUCUUUCUCCAUUACACACACACACACACACACAGCUGAGCUUGCCAUUUUUUUGUUUGUUUGUUUAUUUAUUUAUUGAUUGAUUGAUAGUAAGUAGUAGAGGGAGAGAGAGAAUGGGACGACAGCCGUGUUGCGACAAGCUGGGGGUGAAGAAAGGGCCGUGGACGGCGGAGGAGGACAAGAAACUGAUCAACUUCAUCAUCACCAAUGGCCAAUGCUGCUGGCGGGCCGUCCCCAAGUUGGCCGGCCUCCGCCGCUGCGGGAAGAGCUGCCGCCUCCGCUGGACUAAUUACCUCCGCCCGGACCUCAAGCGUGGCCUUCUCAACGACGCCGAGGAGCAGCUCGUCAUUGAUCUCCACGCCCGUCUUGGCAAUAGGUGGUCGAAAAUUGCUGCGAGAUUGCCCGGACGAACUGACAACGAGAUUAAAAAUCAUUGGAACACCCACAUAAAGAAAAAGCUGCUGAAAAUGGGAAUCGACCCCGUCACUCACCAAACCCUCCAAAAGGACGACCCGAAUUCACAAGCCCCAAAGGACAAAGAUCAUCGUCAUCAGCUGCUGCAGGCCGACGAGCUCCCCGCAGGGUCGUCGGAUCAUCAUGUCGUCGUCGUCCCUGCACCUGCAGUCAGCACCUGUAGCAGCAGCAGCAGCAGCAGCAGCAGCAGCUCCUCCCAAACUGAUGAUCAUCAGAACAUGAAUUCCUCCGACGAGUCUUGCUGCUUGGGAAUCAAUUCGGAGUCGUCGUACGAGAACGACCCGCUGAUCAGCUUUUUAUUCCGGGACACAAACGACUUACUCAAUUUCAACGACGACACCUGGGAAUUCCCAUUUUCAGAUCAAGAUUUGGACAGCUUCUGCAACAAGUCCUGGGAGGAAAACUGCCCCUGGCUUUUGGACUGUCAGGAUUUCGGGGUCCAUGACUUUGGAUUCGACACCCAAUGUUUCAAUGACAUGUAGAUAUAUAUAUAUAUAUAUAAUUAAUUAAGUGAUGAGAAGUGGUCAAUUAGCUAGCUAGGGAGAAUUAAUAUCAUGCACAGAUCUAGUCGUCUCUGCUGAUACAAUUAAGCUCGAUCGAUCGUGUGGAGUGUGUUUUGCAUAUAUAUAUAUAUAAAUAUACCAAAUAUCAAAGGGCCAAAAAUGGUCAUCGUCUGUAUAAAUAUAUAUGUAUACCCUCAGCCUCAGGCAAAUUAGUGAAAGAAAAA